UCUCUCUCUCUCUGUUUUUGAUGCUUCUUUAUUCUCGUUUUCCAUUUCUUUACUCGGAGAAGGUACAGACAAUUGUUAUAUAGAAACCAGUUAGUUCAUGGAGGUAUAUUGUAUGAAGAAAUGCUAGAUUGACACUUAAUUCUGAAAGUUACUGGAAUAUGGGUAUCCGAAAAUUGUCUGGUAAAAGAGAGGAGAAAAAAAGAAUUUCUAGGACCUUAAUGGGUCCUCUAACGCUGUUCGUGGAUGCCAAAAGCUCUCCAGCUGACUUUUCAGGUUCACACAAAAGCAAAAUAUGUAAUUCUCAGUGGGACCAACGGAAGUUCUUUGCAUCAAUUAGCACAAGUGAAGAAAAGCCAUUCAAUUUUUUACGUGUUUUAUUUGAGGGAGUUAUAGCAGGAGGUACUGCUGGAGUCAUUGUUGAAACAGCUUUAUACCCAAUUGAUACAAUAAAGACUCGCCUGCAGGCAGCUCGUGGUGGAGGAGAGAUUCUCUUGAAGGGCCUUUAUUCUGGACUGGCUGGAAACCUUGCUGGGGUUUUACCGGCUUCUGCUUUGUUUGUUGGUGUAUAUGAACCUACAAAGCAGAAAUUAUUACGGAGCUUCCCUGAAAAUCUUAGUGCUAUUGCUCAUUUGACUGCAGGUGCCAUUGGUGGAGUUGCUGCUUCUCUCAUUCGUGUACCAACAGAGGUUGUCAAGCAAAGAAUGCAAACUGGGCAAUUUGCUUCAGCUCCUGAUGCUGUCCACCUUAUAGUUGCCAAAGAGGGUUUUAAAGGUCUUUAUGCGGGAUAUGGGUCCUUUUUAUUGCGAGAUUUGCCAUUUGAUGCCAUCCAGUUCUGCAUCUAUGAGCAGCUUCGACUGGGUUAUAAGCUAGCAGCAAAGAGAGAUUUAAAUGAUCCAGAGAAUGCUAUAAUUGGUGCUUUUGCUGGUGCAUUAACUGGGGCCAUAACUACUCCGCUUGAUGUGAUUAAGACAAGAUUAAUGGUUCAGGGAUCAGCAAACCAGUACAAAGGAAUUUUUGAUUGUGUUCAGACUCUUGUUAGAGAAGAAGGACCUUCGGCUCUUUUAAAGGGUAUUGGGCCAAGGGUACUUUGGAUAGGUAUUGGUGGUUCAAUUUUCUUUGGUGUUCUUGAGAGGACAAAGCAAUUGCUUGCUCAAAGGCGUCCUGAGGCAGAAAAAGCAAACUCUAAACAGCAAUGAUGCUUCUUGCUAAAAGUUGUCUGGGUUCUCUGUGACUUCUAAAGCUAAAUCACUUGACAGGAACCUUUGCAUGGGGAAGAUUGCUUUUUCUGUUAGCAGUGCCAUUUAGGGCUAUUGCUUGUUAUUGGUGCAUGGUGAAAAGAGAUUUUGAGGGAUGAUUAAUCUUUCGGGGUAAGAACUUGCGUUAAGCAAGAAAGAAAUAUCAAAUGUAAGAAAUUAUUCAAAACCCGGACACCCAUGCGGUAUGCAUUGUUGAUCUAGAAUCAAUUGCAGACUGGGCCUUCAAACAAAAAUCAUACAUAUGCUGC